AUGAAGUCCUUCUCCAUUCUUCCCCUCAUAGCCAUCACUAUCUCCCCAGCUCUCUCCCAUCCUCGAGCCGGCGCAAUCGACGACACUCGCAACUCGGCGUCUCUGGAUUCCCGCUCCAACCUAGUUCCACAUGCCUGCAGCAGAGCGAACACGCUAGUCUCCGAACAGCUAGCCGAGAUCUCGCAGCUGCAAUCGAGAAAUCUCCCCACCCCUGCUGACUUAGCCGGGUACUUCUUCGCCAUCAUCCACGGACGCAGAAUUCUCGGAUGCCCCUCCGAUCCCCUUCUCAGUCCAGACAAUAGUUCUACUUCAGCAGCACAGCAUCCGAAACGCAACAGCGAGCCGAAGGACCCCGACGGACAAUACCCAGGCUGGGGAGACCCCUGUGGGACAGUGAAAAUACUAAUAGAACAGGUCAUGGAUCAGAUGACCGUGCUGAGAGACAACCAAAUACCUGUCCCGCCAUAUCUCGCAGGCUGGUCGUUAUUGACGAGUGAUGCGAACACCGAAUUGAAAUGCGGGUUCCUUGGCGCGGGCAUGGAAGACGGCGGUAAUUCCACGGGCACGUCUUCGCAAAAUGCAUCGUCGACAUAG